AUGUCUUGUGACUUUGAUUUAGUCACUGAAAAACCACCGUCCAUUAAAUUUGCAAUUGAACCUCAAAUUUCUCAGUUGGAAAUGUUUCCUAUCAACACAAACAAACUUAAUGAUACUCGCAAGGAGAAAACAUUCACAACAGCGAAUAAUCAACUUGUUGAAAAAGAGAAUAGAUAUUCUGUUUUAGAAAAGACUUGGCUUGAUUGUCAGUAUCAUGAUAAAGACAACCAAUCUAUUAUGACUCCUGAAGAUCUAGAGACGAAAUUACAAGAUCCUCAUACAGUUAUUGAUCCUACCGUUUUAAAUUAUGUGAAGGGAUCGAUGUUUGGUAUGGCCUUGGGUGAUGCACUUGGAGCUCAUGUUGAAUUUCGACCACGACAAUACUUGAUAGAAUAUCCCGUGCAAGAUCUUCAGGAAGGAGGAACUUGGGGUCUCAAAAAAGGACAAUUCACUGAUGAUACCUCCAUGGCUCUUUAUCUGGCAAGUUCAUUAAUAUGUCGUCGCGAUUUUGUACCUUAUGAUCAGCUAGUGCGGUACAAGUGGUGGUACAGACAUGGUUACAUGUCUUCGACUGGACAAUGUUUCGAUAUUGGUAGUGCUACCAGUCAAUCACUGCGUGAAUUCGAGCGUCGUCAACGAUUAUUUGCCAGUGAAUAUCAAAUUCCUCUUGAUCAAUUAGAUUCUCUUUUAGAUCUCAACCUUAUCAAUAAAUUUGACGUGCAUUGUAGUCAAGUCGGAGUUGCUGGUAACGAAGCAUUAAUGCGACUAGCUCCUGUUCCUCUCUUCUUCUAUCGACAUCCUAUAGAAGCCGUAGAGUUCUCGGGAAUUAGUGGUGUCAUUGCUCAUGGCGAUCAAAAGGCCUAUGAUUCUUGUCGCUAUUAUGGAGCUUUAAUUGUGGCUGCUCUUCGAGGUGAAACAAAAGAACAUAUUUUGGAUGAUAACUUUUAUUUGAAACAUAAAACAUGGUUCAAUAACAAGCCACUUACACAGGAAGUUAUGAAUGUUGCUGAAGGAUCGUACAAGAAACCUGGAGGAUAUCAGGAUGGCAUUCGAGGCAAAGGAUACAUUGUUAGUGCUCUUGAAGCUGCCUUAUGGGCUUUUUGUUACGAUGAAAAUUCCUUUGAGAAAGGAGUUCUUAAUGCAAUCAAUCUUGGAGAAGAUACUGAUACAACCGCUGCUAUUUAUGGUCAAUUGGCUGGCACCUACUACGGUUAUGACAAGUUACCCGACAGAUGGAUUAGACAGGUCUAUGCGCAUAAUUUUAUAACAUGUGUAAGCAAGUGGAUCGUUUAUGAAGGACAUUUGUGGAAACCAAAACAUUCUUUGUCGAAUAAACUAGAAUGA